AUGCCAAGUGUUGAUUCAAAUUCAUCUUAUUCGUCGUCCGAUUCAUCAGCAUCAUCUCUAUCAUCUCCACGCGUACUUCUAACCGACAUAAGACAACAACAAGCAAUAAAAUACGACCAACAUAAAAUGAAAGCUACAACAACAACUACAUCACCACCACCACCACCGCUACCAAUAACGCCACCGCAUAUAUGUGUAACACGUUAUAAAACAGAAUUAUGUCGACCAUUUACAGAAACUGGAAAAUGUAAAUAUGGUGAUAAAUGUCAAUUUUCACAUGGAAUCAAAGAAUUAAGAAUCUUGAUGCGUCAUCCAAAAUAUAAAACUGAAUAUUGUCGAACAUUUCAUACCACUGGCUACUGUCCAUAUGGUCCUCGAUGCCAUUUUAUUCAUGAUGUUCAUGAAGCACGAAUAACAACAAAUACGAAUGAUACACCAAUGCGAAGACAUUCCGAUAUACGAAGUAAUCAAUCAAUACAAAAACUAGCGACUAGAAACCGUAUUACCAGUGAUUAUACAGCAUUAUCUUCUUCUCCUACUCACAUAAUAUCUAAUACAAAUUCAUCGAAAUCUCCGUUUUCAUUUCAAGACAUUAGUCGAGCUUUACUUUCGUAUGAAAAUAGUGAUAUAAUCCAACAGCAAUAUCAACAAUCACAAAAAUCACAACAACAACAACAUCAACAGCACAAACAAGAAUAUUACUCAUCUAUAUUAUCGCCAAUGACAAACUCAUUAACAUACCGUACAUUCUCAUCAUCAUCAUCAUCGAACAGCAGUGUAGCUCCACAGUAUAUUUAA